GAGCAUUUUGAAAAUCGACUGCGCUCACAACAGUCAUUGGCAUCCCAUUCGAGAGUGUUGUCCGCAUGACCAACGGCCGCCGAACACAUAAUUUAAUAUAACAACAAACAAUAAUUAACAUUAUCAUCAUCGCCAUUAUUACUAUUAUUAUAAUUGUUAUUAUUUUAACCAUCACUGUAACUAUAAUAUUAUCAUCGUAAUUAUUACAUAGAGCCACGCGAGUGUUAACGCGUGCGUGCACGCAAGUACAUUUUUAGACGUUAAAGUAUAAAAUUUUAUACUCGCAUAGGAGCCCGAAAUAUUCAAUAUUCGUCUGUAUUAUUGUUUUUUGUCAAUUUUAUUUUUCACUCAACUAUGAUCAUUGGGUACUCGUUGAUUUUCGUCUGUGCGUUAAUCGCGUAUUGCUGUGGAGAUAUCAGUAGCACGCAAAUGCUGUGUAAAAACAGUUUAGACGUUUGUCUGAUGAACGUGUCUCGCCUUUUGGAACGCACUGGUCAAGUCGGUAUUCCGAAAUCGAAGGCUGAUGUGGAUAUCGUUUGCAAAGGGUUCAAAAUGGGAAUGAAGUGCUUCGAUGAUUUUUCAAAUUUAUGUCUAUCAUUAGAUGAAAAGAAUAUGGUCAACGACAACGUAAUUGGAGCCAAAUAUACAUUCAAAUUUUUAUGCGAUGAUGAAACAUUUCAAAGAGACUUUCUGAAAUAUACAGAUUGUUACCAAGUGAUAAACUCGGACUGGGACUCGUGCUCCGCGAAAUUCAUGUCAUUGGUACGCGAAGAGAUGAACGGCAACCAGUCGGAGGAUGCUAAAGUGCUAAAUCUGUGUUGCGCAAAACAUGGUUUUCUAAAUUGUGUAUAUACUACAAGUAAAAUCAAGUGUGGGAUGGAAGAAGCUUAUUUUAUAAGAAAAAUCGCUGACACAUUAUCUGAAAACAAAUUUGUGUCAUCAGCGUGUCGACAUAUUGAAUUGGGACACUGUAACACAGCUCAACAUAUAGCGUACAGUGUAUUCACAUUAAUAAUUAAUUUAUUUAUAGUUAUAUGGUAUUAUAAAAUAUAAUGUAAAAAUAUCUUGUGACAAAAAUUAUUCUAUAUUUGUAUUGUAAAAAUAAAAUAAAACAUAUUUUAUGUUGAUAUAACUAACAAGUAAAAUAUACAGGAUACACAAGGAAUGUAAGUUAUCAAUAAAUUAUUAUUUUUAAGACUAGGACUUGACUUUUCAAAUAUGAUGUUCAUAUAAAAUAAAUUAUUUAAAUAAGUUCAAUUAGUUAGUCAUUUAUAUGUAUGUAGGUAUACAUUAGUGCCACUGGCUAUAUUUAUCUAAUCAUGACUACAUUUUGAUUUAUAAUUACUGAUACAAUUACUUGUUGUGUAUCCUUUAUAUUCAAGUUUAUGAUGAAUAUCAAUCAUAAUAAUGUAAUGAGAUCAUAUAAUAAUAGUGAUUACUAUAUAAUUUAUACAUAAGUAAUCAAAUUGUUUUUUUUUUUUAUAAAUAAUAUUUUAGUAAUAUAAUACAUUCCCAAUUUCA